CUAAAAAUGGUACAUUUUCUCAAUUUAACAUACCAAAUGAGUUACUUGAUUAGUGUUAAUGAUACAAAAAGAUGUCAGAAGGGGCUGGCCUGGUGGAGUGGUGGUUAAGUUUAUGCACUGUGCUUCCAUAGCCCAGGUUUGAGAUUCAGAUCCUGGGAGGAGACCUAGCAGCACUCAUCAAGCCACGCCGUGGUGGCAUCCUACAUAAAAUAGACGAUGAUUGGCACCGAUCUUAACUCAGUGACAAUCUUCUUCAAGCAAAAAGCGGAACAUUAACAACAGAUGUUAAUUCAGGGACAAUUUUCCUCACACACACACACACACACACAUACACACAUAAGAUUUCAGAAGAAGCAGUAUGAUAGCAAGAUCCUGAGACCCAUGAGGGAAAGAAGUUAGAGCAAGAGAGUCUCUGUGGUUGCUCUGCCCUCCUAUGGACAGUAAAGCUGCACCCACCUUAUUCAGGUAUGUGGAAGACAUCAAUCAAAUAUCUUUUCUCAACCUGACUUCUGUUCACGUGACCCAAUCUUACUUUGUCAAAAUCAACUAGGAGAUUAUCUCCUCUGCUACAUAUCCUUGUCCCACCUCAGCCAUAAGUCCAUGUUAGACACCUGUCUUCUGAACUCACAUCGUACACCUCUAUCAUGCCUGUUAUCACAGGGAUUUAGAAUUGAUUUGCUACUUUUCUUUUUCUGUCUUUAAUUAGCUAGACUUACAAGGAGUUCAUAUUGAAUGCUCUUAGAUGACUACCUGGGAAAAUAAACAUAGCAAAACUUCAGUUUUCCAUUCUAUUGGGAAAACCGACUCUUUCCAUUUCACAUCAGUAAUUUGUGGCUUCACCAUACUUAGAGAAACAGUUUUACUGCACUCACACAAGAAAAAAAUUCUGUCUGUGUCCUUAUUGUUUGGAAUUUUACGUAGUAAUUGACUUUUAAUAUCUUUUUUUCUUGUAUUUAGCUUUCACUUAUGGGAUAUUUUGAGUUUGUGUUCUCAUGAGCUCUGAUGACAGAAGAAUGUGUGAGGUGCCAUCACUUGACUCCUAUGUCAGCCGACCUACCUGGGAGUUCUCUUAGUCAGACACUGCUCAUGUUCCCAUAUCUAUCUCCCUCAGAUGGGACACUGCUUAGGGAGAGGUUGUGUCAUCCUCCACGUGAGAGGACUCUAGCUCCUCUGAACAUUGCCCUUCAGGGUGCAUUCUGUAGCAGAUGUUUUGACAUUAGCUCCUUGUGUCCCUGCUGUGAAAAUAAAUUCCAUAUCCCUAUGGCAGAAAGCAUGCUCUGCUCUUCCCUCCUCUAUAGGUUCUUGACACCUCUCAGUAUAGCUUGGAUCUUGAAUGGAAUGAAAAAUGGUGGAGGCCCCACCCCCAUGUUUGGAUGAGUCAUAACACAGCAUGAGUCAUAAACAGGGGUAGACAUUAUCAUGUAAUAUCUACCUGGUAUAACGACUAUCUAAGAUCUUGCUAUUCAUCAGUGCCUGAUCUGGGUCAUAGUGUUUGCAGCCAAGGGCUAACUGGAAAUGGCCUUUUGGUUAUUUUCAAUAUCUACCAUUAACUGUAUUACACUUCUGGUUCAUAUUCAGCCUCAGUCUUUAUCAAUUACCCUUCAUGGAUGAUGACCAUGCCACAGAUAGACACUUUCAGUAGGUCUAAGUUUAUUUCCAUGCAGUCUUUACUUUUGUCUCCCUUGUGCAGAAGAAAGGGAAAACUUACUUGUCUCAUGGAGAUCUUUCUUUUACCACCUAACUUGGGCAACUGUCAAGACAUUAAUACCUACUGAGAUGUGCCUUUUCUUUGUUUAUUGCUUCUUGGCCUCAUUUGUCUGAAGCUCCUGACAGAAUUCCUCAUCAUAGACUGUGGCCACAGAGCCAUAGUUGAGUCCAGGUCAGAAUGUAAACAUCACUGUGCCUCCACUCUGUGAUCCCCCCUCUGACUGACCACCAGCAGCAGUUUGCAAUCUGGAUGGCCAUUUCCAUCCAUGUGACCUAAUAAGACAUAAACUGCCAGUAUCAAUUAGCUUAGCUGGGGGAUAUAGGACAAGAGACACAGCAUGCAGCGUGCCUGCAUCCGUUGACUCUCAGCGAUGAAUGUUACAGUGGCACAGGAAAUACCUUAUCCUGGUCAUCUCAAGUUUUUAAGAAGCCAGACUAGGUGAAUGUGUAGAAAACUACCAUAUUUUAGAUAAGCCUAGUGCUACAGAGAACUCAUUACCUUCGGAAAGCCCAUUAUCAUAGCUUCCAGGGGCCUAAAUAAGACACAUUGUGAUUAUAAGUGUGACAUUCCUCUUGUGAAAAAUGAGGUCCGUGCUUCCCAACUGGAAUUUUAAUGUCAAUUUAAACGCUUUCCACUUCAAAUAUACUUUAUACAUAAGGCCAUUUUUACUAUUCAGGCAGCUGAACUUCCACUUUCUUGUAACCCAGUAACCAGUAGUUUUCCCCAGAAAAAAAAUCAAAGAGCAAAAACUUAAUAGGAGAAGAGUAAGCCAAUAUCAUCUUUACAGGAAGAAAGAGCUCAGCUCUGCUGCUCACUCUUUGUUCCCACUUAUCCAGUAUAACUCCCCGUCCCAUCCUUCUACGUCAUCUUGUCUCUCACUCUCGCCUGCUGCUCUCCAUUACUUUCAUCACCUUGUCCCUCAAGCUAUCACCAUCUCUCCCCUGAGCAACUGUGCAUGCAUCCUAACUGAUCUUCCCAAUUCCACUCUGGAUCCAUCCAACAUUUCACAGCUCAAGUGCAGAGCUAAAUAUGUCCCCACUCUUCUCUGAUGGGAAAACAUUGAUAAUUUCUACUUUCUCUUGGAAAACAGUCCCUCAAAGUUACGUAAUUUGGGAAGUGUCAUAUUUUAUGGUCACUACAGGCUCACAUGAUGCGAAAGGCCCAGCAGUUUUCUGUACACCAGCCACACUGGCAUUUGGAAACUCAUACAAGAUGAUGUGUCUUCCAUGAACACGUCAUCUCUUCCACCUAAUACAUUUUGUCCUUUCUUCUCCCAUAUUUCCUUCAUCUUCUUAUGAUUUCACGUCUGAAUUCUUGGAUAACCCUCCAUUUCUCCACAUUAUGUUGAUUUGCCAACAACAUGGACAUCUCUCUAGCAGUGGUUUACACAUCUUUUCUUUCGACACAUGAUAGUGAAUAUUUAAUUAACUGUUACUUUCCUUGUGAAUGUCAAGUGCCUAGAGGUUUAAAUUUUCUGUUUAGGCUGUUGUGUUUCUAGAUAAUGGUCAAGUUGGUAGCAUAAUUCAUCAUCAAUGAUAAUUGUUGAAUUAUCUUUCCAAGUAUUUUGAAACAUCUUUCUCAAGAUUCAUAUUCACUUCAUCUGUGCUUCCCUUUCUCCAGGUAUAAGAUGUGUGAGACCCUAUGAGUAUAUCCAUACCACCUUCCUCUGUACCAUCCACAUAAAACACAUCCUUAGUCUCUUAUCAAUGACCUUGGCAUGUUUCCAGGCUAAGGUGGCAUCCCACCAUUUACAAAAACAAAACUCCCCAGAACUUGUCAAUGGAUGUGGAUCGCUUCACUUCCACACCCCAUUGCUCUCGAUAUUAAUUGGAUAGAUGAAGUUUCUUCGGUUUGUUUUGAGUAAUUCUGUAGGUUAGGAGGGGAAAGGCCUUUAAAGGACCCUAAAUACAUUGUUUCAUCUCAACUAUGUUUAUGGAUGAUAAACAAGGUUUGUAAAUCACUUAUUAUCUCUAUUUACACAUCUGAUAAAGGGUUUGCUCUUACCGUCUAUGAACACAGAUUGUCAGAUGUUAUGUCACAGUAAAGAGAAAUCAUUGCAAACAAACAGCAAGUGAGAACAAUGGUUACACUGUAAAUAAGUUAGAGCAGAUCCUUCUGAUCAGAGAACAUGUAGGGAGGGAGAUCACUGAAGUAUAAGAGGAUGUCAUACUGAAAUCAGGGCAGCAUGCCUUGCUGAGAGAAGAGCAAGUGUAAAAGCCCAGAGGCAUAAGUGGUUCAGUGCUUUUAACACUGAGGAUGUGCUUUUGGCAUAGGAAAGAAAAGUAGGGUAGACAGUGGGUCACACGUGGGUCUCAGUAGAAAACACCUCGGGUCAUGCUUCCUUCCAUGAAAGAAAAGGGAAAUAUCAGUCAUUGCACAAAUAAGGACGGGUUUUACAGGGGUCAUGAACUGGAAGUUAAGUGUUUGAGAUUAUUAUGAAAAAUUCCUUUUACCAGAUCAUCAAUCUUCUUCCCCUGUUUCACCACUUUCCCUUUUUUGUCCUUUGAUAUAUGUCUUGGCUUGUCCUUCAUUUCUACACAAUUGGUAUAAUUUUACUACUUCCUUUCUUAGUCUGCCCCCCUUUACCUUCCCAAUCAUACAGGGAUCUGUGCAUAGGAGGAGUCUCAGAAGUUAGGACAGGUAGGACAGAGGAACAGCUGUGAUGGCUUCAGGAAUCUUGGUGGGCAUAAAGGAGGAGGUGACCUGCCCCAUCUGCCUGGAGCUCCUGACAAAACCCCUGAGCCUAGACUGUGGCCACAACUUCUGUCAAGCCUGCAUCACUGCAAACAAAGACUCCAGGAUUGACCAAGGAGCAGAGAGAAGGUGCCCUGUGUGCCAAAUCCCUUACAAGCCUGGGAACCUGAAGCCUAAUCGGCCCAUGGCCAACAUAGUGGAGAGGCUCAGGGAGGUCAAGUUGAGGCCAGAAGAGGAGCAGAAAAGAGAUCUUUGUGUACGUCAUGAAGAGAAACUCCUGCUCUUCUGUAAGGAGGAUGGGAAGGUCAUUUGCCGGCUUUGUGAGCGCUCUCAGGAACACCGUGACCACCAAACAUUCCUCGUAGAGGAGGUUGUGCAGGAGUACCAGGAGAAGCUCCAGGCUGCUCUAGAGAGGAUGAGGAAGGAGCAGCAGGAAGUUGAGAUGUUGGAAGCUAAUGUGAGAGAGGAGACAGCUUCCUGGAAGAAUCAAAUAGAAAGUGAGACACAACGUAUCCAGGCAGGGUUUAAACAACUGAGAGGUAUCCUGGACGAUGAGGAGCAGAAGGAGCUACUAAAGCUGAAGAAUGAGACAGGAGACGUUCUACACAACCUGGCAGAGGCUGAGAAUGAGCUGGUGGAGCAGAGGCAGUUGGUGAGCUCUGUCAUCUCAGAUCUGGAGCAUCGCUUGCAGGGGUCAGCACUGGAGAUGCUGCAGGAUGUAAAUGGCAUCCUGCAAAGGCUCUUCAGUGAAGAGUAUUUCAGUGCAUCAAUGGAUGAAAGGAGUGAAACCUGGACCUUGAAAGAACCAAAAAUGGUUUCCAGGAAAACGAAGUGUGCAUUCCGAGUUCCAGAUCUGAGCGGGAUGCUGCAAGUGUUUAAAGAGCUCACAGAGGCCCAAUGCUACUGGGUGAACGUGACGCUGAGACCAACUAGCUCUAGUAACAUUGUUAUAUCUGCGGAUCAGAGACGAGUGAGAAUUAUGCAACCUGUUACAUCUGGGGAUACAGGUUCAUAUGAUUUUUCUGUUUUUGAUGCCGUGGGCCUCCAAAGUUUCUCCUCAGGGAAAUUUUAUUGGGAAGUAGAUGUGUCUAAAAAGAUUGCCUGGAUCCUGGGGGUAUGCAAUCAUAAAUUUUACCACGCAAGAAGAUUAUUUUAUCAGUUGAAGCUCAGAAAAGAAAAUCGUCUAAAAGUUUACUCCAAAUUCAGACCUCGAGCUGGCUGCUGGGUUAUAGGAUUACAGGAUGAAUCUGCGUACAAUGCCUUUGAGGACUCUUCCACCUCUGGUUACCAUGUCUUGACUCUUUCCGUGCCUGUUCCUCCCCAUCGUGUUGGGGUUUUCCUAGACUAUGAAGGAGGCAGUGUCUCAUUUUUCAAUGUCACAAACCAUGGGUCUCUCAUCUACAAGUUCUCUAAAUGUUGCUUUUCUCAGGCUGUUUGUCCAUAUUUCAAUCCUUGGAACUGUCCACGCCCCAUCAUCCUGUGCCCACCGAGCUCCUGAACAUUCUUCAUCUCUCACCCACCUCUGCUGAGUGCCCUUGUCCGGGUGCUCAUCUCCUGCCCCUGACUUGAUUUGCACCAUUUUGACUGCCUCUUCCUUUUUUCCCCAUUCAUUUGUUUAGAAUGUCUUUGUCAGCUAGGGCUACCUGACAAAGUAUCAGAGACUGGGUGACUUAAAUAAUGGCAGUUUAUUUUCUCCCGGUUCUGAAGGCUAAAAGUCCAAAAUCAAGAUGUGAGCAGGAUUGGAUCUUUCUGAGUGCUGUAAUGAAGGGUUCUGUUUGUGGUUUCUCUCUCUGGCUUGUAGAUGGCUGUCUUCUCCCUGUGCCCCUUCACAUCAUCUUCUCACUGUGCAUGGCUCUAUGUCUAAAUUUCCUUUCUAUUCAUUCAUUUUCUGUGUGUGUGAGGAAGAUCGGCCUUGAGCUAACCUCUGUUGCCAAUCUUCCCCUUUUUCCUUGAGGAAGAUGGUCGCUGAUCUGACAUCUGUGCCAGUCCUCCUCUACUUUAUGUGGGAUGCCACCACGUCAUGGCUUAGCAAGUGGUUCUAGGUCUGCACCCAGGAUCCGAAUCUGCAAACCCCAGGCUGCCAAAGCAGAGCAUGCAAACUUAACCACUAUGCCAUGGGGCCAGCCCCUAAAUUCCUUUUGUAUACGGACACCAGACAUCCUGGAAUGGGACCAUCUUGAUGACAUUAUUUUAAUUUAGUUACCUCUAUAACAACCCCAUCUCCAAAUUUGGUCACAUUCUGAAGUAUUAGGGGUUAGGACUACAACAUAUGAAUUUGAGGGAACACAAUGCAAUGCAUAACAGUCUGAACAAUUCCUUACUAUAAAGUGAAAGCUUGAAACUUUUCUUCCUAAUAUCUUUUUUUCCAUGAGGAGAGAAUACUUUUUUUUCUUGUAUUUGCAAGGGAAACACAUCUAAUCCCUCCUAUAGAAAGAAUAGUAUUGCUGUUACUCAUCUGACAUUUCUUUUCUUCCUCAUUCACUCUACUGCUUAACAAAUUAGCAAAGGAAUACUUGUCAGCCCUAUCCAUGUUAUCUAGGAGAGUUCAUGAAAUCUGUCCCUAAACAAUGAAUCCUUAAGGGUCUGUGGCUUUUAGCAAUGACACCCCAUGUUUAUCACAGAGGUAAAGCAAGAAGUACAUAAACAGAAUAUUUACCAAGAGUAGAUAUUUGGUGCUCAGUCUCUUUGCUUGCAAGUUUGCUUGCAAGUUGUUUAACCUGGAAUGAGUUACUUAACAUGUCCUCGAAUUAGAUUUCCAAAAACAGACUUGAAUCUCAAAGAAUCUUUUGGCCCAGGUGCGAACAAUUGAUCUGUCUUUGUCAUAUACUUUGGAAGCCAGAAUGGAAAGACAACAACCUUGUGUGUAAUUUGCACACCUACGUGACAGCAUCGAGCUCUUUCCAAACACAUGAAAUUCAGAUGACUAUCAGUUUGGUGUUCAUAAAGUUGAGUGUCCAAGUGUUUGUAAUUGUUCCCUGAGAACAUGAAAUCUAAGAUGCUAUGCCGAGGGCCUCCCUACUGGGGAGCAGACCGUGAAGAUCUUGGUCUUUAGACAGUAUUCCCACACUUGAUAUGUUUCAAACACCCAGUAACCAGGUUCUGCAACGUCAUUUUCUGGUCACGUCCUUGAGAAGCCACAUCUGUGCAGUUGCCUUUCCAUACAUUAAUCUUUUUUAAAUAACAAUAUCUUGUUUUACCUGUUAAAUCUAUUCUUUCAUAUAAUUUCACAUCAUUUCUGGGAAGUAGGGAGGGAUAGGCUAAUGAUAUUAUUUUGAAAGUAAGAAUCUGUUCCUGAGAGGUCAAGAUCUUUCCAAGGUCACACAGAGGGUAAAUGAGAAGGUGGACAUGAGCACAGUUCUUCUGGCUCCCAGGUCGGCACUCUACUAUCUCCUUUCUCAGAGCUUUCAGGGAAGAAGGUUCAAAUGAAUCAGUGGGUGAAAAGAUAGAAAGUUAAUGGUUUUGGAGGGACAAAAUGUCAGAGUUGUGUGGGUCAAUUUUUGUCU